CACGAAUCUCAUUCUCUCCAUUGCUGACUUCAACAACUCUCAACUUUACAUGUUACCCACUUCAUCUCAUCUCCGACAACAUAAAUAUUCCAUUGACAGAUUCUGUACGCACUUACAACAUAAAUUCAUGUUCUUUAUCUUGUUCACUUUGAAUCUGAAUCUAAUACAAAAUCCUUCACUAUAGUACGUUGACUUUAUAUAGUGAUAGAGGAAAAUCAUGAUUGACCAUGAAGAAGAAACACAUGAAGAAAUCUCAGCUCCACUUAUUGAUAAGCAGAAGCAGAAGGAGGUAUCUUCACAUUACAGCAAUGAUGUCUCAAGCAGUACUUCUCAAUCUGAAAACUCACCAAUUGAGCAAGUUGCACUUACUGUUCCAAUCACAGACGACCAAGCACUUCCGGUCGUUACAUUCCGAAUGUGGAUUCUUGGAACUCUAGCUUGUAUUCUCCUCUCAUUUCUCAACCAAUUCUUCUGGUUCCGCCGUGAACCGCUCUCCAUCAGCUCAAUCUCUGCUCAAAUCGCGGUGGUUCCUCUAGGUCACCUCAUGGCUAUGACGAUCCCGAAUCGAGUUUUUUUCAAAGGGAGGAAAUUCGAAUUUACGCUGAAUCCAGGGCCGUUCAAUGUGAAAGAGCAUGUAUUGAUUACGAUUUUCGCCAACUCUGGUGCUGGGAAUCCCUAUGCUAUUCAUAUUGUUAGUGCGGUCAAGGUUUUCUAUAAGAGGACGUUGACUUUUUGGGUUUCGUUGAUUGUGGUUCUAACGACACAGGUAUUGGGCUUUGGAUGGGCCGGGAUUUUUAGGAAGUAUUUGGUGGAGCCUGCUGCUAUGUGGUGGCCCCACAAUCUUGUUCAAGUCUCUCUGUUCAGGGCACUUCAUGAGAAAGAAGAGAGAGCCAAGAAAGAAUUGACACGAAACCAGUUCUUCCUCAUUGCCUUUUUAUGUAGCUUUGCUUACUAUGUCUUUCCAGGUUACCUUUUCCCAAUGCUAAGCUCCCUUUCCUGGCUAUGUUGGUUAUACCCAACUUCUGUCCUUGCCCAACAGUUGGGUUCUGGGCUUCAUGGUCUUGGAAUCGGUGCCAUUGGACUCGAUUGGUCUAGUAUAUCUUCCUAUCUUGGAAGCCCACUAGCUAGCCCGUGGUUCGCCACUGCAAACAUAGCUGCUGGAUAUUUUCUCAUAAUGUAUGUUGUUACACCUUUUAUGUACUGGUCCAAUGUGUACAAAGCCAAGACCUUUCCGAUAUUCUCAGAUGGCCUCUUCACAUCAGAUGGUCAAAAAUACAAUAUUUCAGCCAUUAUUGAUCCAAAUUUCCAUAUUGAUUUCAAUGCUUAUGAUCGUGAGGGCCCUCUCUAUCUCAGCACUUUCUUUUCAAUGACUUAUGCAUUCAGCUUUGCGUGCCUUAGUGCCACAGUCGUUCAUGUCUUCCUCUUCCAUGGACGAGAUCUAUGGCAGCUGAGCAAGUCUGCUUUCCAAGAGAAGAAAAUGGAUAUUCACACAAAGCUAAUGAGAAAGUACAAGCAAGUUCCUGAAUGGUGGUUCUUAAGCAUUCUCCUUGUAAAUAUUGUUGCAACUGUGGUUAUAUGUGAAUAUUACAAAUCGCAGCUCCAAUUACCAUGGUGGGGCGUCUUGCUGGCAUGUUUUCUUGCUUUCUUUUUCACCCUUCCAGUUGGAGUCAUCACUGCUACCACAAACCAAACUCCUGGUUUGAAUGUGAUAACGGAGUACAUAAUUGGGUACUUGUACCCCGGAUAUCCAGUAGCUAACAUGUGCUUUAAGGUGUACGGAUACAUCAGCAUGAAGCAGGGACUAACAUUUUUACAAGACUUAAAGCUUGGACAUUACAUGAAGAUUCCUCCCAGAGCAAUGUUUAUGGCUCAGGUUGUUGGAACCUUGAUAUCAGCUCUAGUGCAUCUUGGAACAGCAUGGUGGCUUAUGGAAACCGUCCCAGAUAUUUGUGACAGGGCUUUGCUUCCUCCUGGAAGCCCGUGGACGUGCCCAGGCGAUCAUGUAUUCUAUGAUGCCUCAGUCAUCUGGGGUUUGAUAGGGCCGCAAAGAAUUUUUGGAAACCUUGGUCACUACUCUGCCCUCAACUGGUCUUUCUUAUUCGGAGCUAUAGCUCCUGUAAUUGUUUGGAUCGCGCACAAGAGUUUUCCUAACCAGCAGUGGAUCAGGUUAAUCACAGUGCCUGUGCUAUUAGCUGGGAUAAUCAAUAUGCCACCAGCUACUUCUGUUAACUACAACAGUUGGAUCAUUAUAGCUUUUCUUUCUGGAUUUGUUGGUUAUAGAUACUAUAGGAAAAUGUGGAGUCGUCACAAUUAUGUUUUAUCUGGGGCGUUAGAUGCUGGAUUAGCAUUCAUGGGGGUGUUGUUGUAUUUAUGCUUGGGAAUGGAGCAUGUUAGGCUUGAUUGGUGGGGAAGUGAUGCAGAUCGAUGCCCAUUGGCUAAGUGUCCGACUGCUGAAGGGGUUGUGGUUAAAGGAUGCCCCGUUUUUUAAGUGAUCAGUGAAAAGAUGUGUCUGGACUUAUUCCAGGCGUUUGAUUAUUCUUUUGGUGUAUAUGUUUGUAAAUGGAUGUAGAUUAGUAGUCCUUGCAUUGUUUUGGAAUUCAUUAUUGUGAGGAGUUCUGCAACUUUCACCCUUUUACUACUGGAGUUCAGUUUCAUCACAAGGUUGAUGGAGAUGGUAAUUGUCAUCUCUCUUACAACAUUUGAGCUCAUUUGGGUGCAAAUAUUCGGCUUUCUUGCAUAAGUUUGUCCCGAAAAUUCACGAGCCUUGUUUAUCAUUUGAAAGUAGCUUGAAAUGUUAAAGGCCUAGUUGUAAUGUGUAUCUCAAAUUGUAUGGUAGUGUAUGUUGUGAUGGUCAAUUGAUCAUUGCAAUUCCUGGUCUCAAUUGCAAACUUAAGUCAGGAACUCCUAAUUCAAGAAAAUGCCAUGUAAGCUUGUACUGUCUGAUUGAUGGAUUUUUACAGUUUACACUCCCUUUGAUUUGUAGAACAUUGUAAAAAAGUGCCAAUGAAACAUGGAUUCUUGCUGUCA